GCAGACACAAUUGUCAAAUUCUUCUCUUUACGCCAUCGUUUCUUUUAUAUGAAGUGUGUGGAGCAAUUCUGUUAACUUUGGAAUCGAGUAGUAUCGUUCUUGUCUCGUUGUGUCAUUUAGAAGAACAAAAAAAAAUUGCACGGAAACGGCAUCGCAUUUUCACUGGAAAAUCAAUCGGGGAUCAAUUUGUAAUCGUGGACAUUUACAAAAGAUUGCAUAAAAAACUGUGCGAAAGCAUUUAAUAAUAUUACAAACCGUAACAUCAACGUUUGGCCAAUUGUAAUUCGUGCGGAAUAGAAAAAUACCGAUUUUCUGUACGAGUGUGUGUGUGAGAAAAGAAAAAUGGCAGCAAGCGACAAAUCUGUCGAUGAUUCCCUAUAUCCCAUUGCGGUAUUAAUUGAUGAAUUGAAAAAUGAGGAUGUUCAGUUACGUCUGAACUCGAUCAAAAAGCUGUCAACUAUUGCUCUCGCUUUGGGCGAGGAACGGACGCGUUCCGAGUUGAUACCGUUCCUAACCGAAACCAUAUAUGAUGAGGAUGAGGUGUUACUUGCACUUGCCGAUCAAUUGGGCAAUUUCACAAGUCUCGUGGGUGGCCCCGAAUAUGCCAUGUACUUGUUGCCGCCCCUAGAAAGUUUGGCCACGGUGGAGGAGACCGUGGUACGGGACAAGGCUGUUGAAUCUCUGCGUACUGUCGCCGCGGAGCACAGCGCCCUUGAUUUGGAGAUUCAUGUGGUGCCGACGUUGCAACGUCUGGUAUCCGGCGAUUGGUUCACCUCACGCACCUCGGCCUGCGGACUAUUCUCAGUGUGCUAUCCACGUGUCACACAGCCGGUCAAGGCCGAGUUGCGUGCCAACUUCCGUAAAUUGUGCCAGGACGAGACCCCGAUGGUGCGACGUGCAGCGGCUAACAAGCUCGGUGAAUUCGCCAAGGUGGUGGAGACGGAGUAUUUGAAGUCAGAUUUGAUACCGAACUUUGUUCAAUUGGCCCAAGAUGAUCAGGACUCUGUGCGGCUUUUAGCCGUGGAGGCUUGUGUCAGUAUUGCACAGCUACUGCCACAGGAUGAUGUUGAACACUUGGUAUUGCCCACGCUGCGUCAGUGCGCCAGUGAUUCAUCCUGGCGUGUACGUUACAUGGUCGCUGAAAAGUUUGUUGAUUUACAAAAGGCCGUGGGCCCAGAGAUCACACGCGUUGAUUUGGUGCCCGCUUUCCAAUAUUUGCUAAAGGAUGCUGAGGCUGAAGUGCGUGCAGCUGUGGCCACCAAAGUAAAAGACUUUUGCGCCAACCUGGAUAAGGCGAAUCAGGUGCAAAUCAUCUUGAGCUCAAUUUUACCCUAUGUCCGCGAUUUGGUUUCCGAUUCCAAUCCCCACGUCAAGUCGGCGCUGGCCUCUGUUAUCAUGGGCCUAAGUCCCAUGCUUGGCGCUUAUCAAACGGUCGAGCAACUACUGCCGUUGUUCCUCAUCCAGCUGAAGGACGAGUGCCCAGAAGUGCGACUAAACAUUAUCUCCAAUUUGGAUUGCGUCAACGAUGUCAUUGGCAUUCAACAGUUGUCGCAGUCGCUACUCCCUGCCAUUGUGGAGCUGGCUGAGGAUUCCAAGUGGCGUGUCCGUUUGGCCAUCAUUGAGUAUAUGCCAGCGUUGGCUGGCCAGCUUGGGCAAGAGUUCUUUGACCAAAAGCUGCGCGGUCUAUGCAUGGGUUGGCUUAAUGAUCAUGUGUAUGCCAUCCGUGAGGCAGCCACGCUCAAUAUGAAGAAGUUGGUGGAACAGUUUGGCGCUCCUUGGGCCGAGCAGGCCAUUAUUCCAAUGAUAUUAGUCAUGUCACGCAACAAGAACUAUUUGCACAGAAUGACCUGCCUCUUCUGUCUCAAUGUGUUAGCUGAGGUUUGCGGCACGGAUAUUACCACAAAACUUUUGUUGCCUACAGUUUUGUUGCUAGCCGCAGAUCCAGUUGCCAAUGUGCGCUUCAAUGUGGCCAAGACAUUGCAGAAGAUUUCACCCUUCUUGGAGGCCAGCGUGAUUGAUGCGCAAGUGAAGCCGACGCUGGAUAAACUGAACGCUGAUACCGAUGUGGAUGUUAAACAUUUCGCUGCACAGGCGAUUGCGGGCAUAGCUGCCGAAAUGGAGCUGAAUGUCUUUAGAACUGCAGUGCCGCCCUGUAUGGGUCACAAGAUUGAAGCGGCAAUGGCCUCCAGGCUGAUUGUUGAGCCGCCGAAACAGUCGGAGGCAGCUGAAGGUGACGACAUUGCCGUUGAACAAAAUGCCAAAUCUGAGAAUGACUCUAACGAGGAGCAGAAAAGUGUUACGGAAUCAACACUUAAGAAUGGAAACUUGUAGUUAAACGGAGCCAGCUUACGUGUAGAAAUGGAGCCGAGAACCGCAACCAGAGAUCAUUGAGAAACCUCGAACCCCCAACAUAUUAAACAUUUUUAAAAUGCAUAAAUCGAGAAAAGCAAAGGAGAAGCCACAACAAAUCGCGACACAUAAGAAUAUCUAUUACUUACAUACUUAUAAAAUACAUAAUUUACCACAUAAGCAAACAUUCA